CGACUCUUCUUCCCCCUCCCGAACCCUCCUUCGCAUGACCCUGCGUUCCUCUAAUGGUAAUCAUGAUGAUGAUGAUAGCAAUGAUGAUGCUCUCUUCUGCCUAUCAUAUGGUUGUCGCACCCGGGUUCUCCGGAUAUCCCCCUUAAUAGCAAGCUUAAUCCCGGACUCUAUUUCCCACCUAUUUGCUGAUAUUACUUCCGCGGACUUCCUGAGCUCUCGCUCUUUUUUCCUUUUGGUCGGUCUUGAUCUUUUGUCUCCUUUUUUCUUCGGUCUGGAGAGUUCUUUCAAAGGAAGCAAAAAAGAUUAAACAAAAGCCAAGGAUUGAAUAGUCGCAUAUUCAAGAGCCUCACUGACAUACCAGCCCUUCAAUCAAGUGAAGUAAAGGGCAAUUCAGCGUAAUCAUGCCUCUGAGCAGAGUGGCCAUGGGCCUGUUGGGCCUGUUCUUCACGGCCUCCGCCCUACUAUUGAUGUUCCUCACCUUCCUUGGAGGCGCCAGGAACUCGAACCCGCUGAACCAGAUCUACU